UUAGCAUACAGGUUGCUAGUGAUGAAACGACCAAAGGUCAACUUCACAAAGGGUGCUCAAAGACCAAAUUUGUCCUUCAUAUUUCGUGUCUGUAGCAUAACUUAACUACAUUCAAUGUAUUUGCUUCAAUUUUGGUAUAUACGUAGGUGGCAAUAGGACAAUGAUCAGAGCGCAUGAACCAGGUGUGUACGUCAAACGUCAAGGUCAAAACAAGGUCAAAUCUGUCUGUCAUAUUUUGUGUCCAGAGCAUAUCAUGAUAACCAAUUAUAAACUGACCUCAAACUUGGCAUAUAGUUAGGUGGCAAUGACACGAUGUUCAUUAGUUUGAUCUGUAGGUCAAAUGUCAAGGUCACAAAUUUAGUUACAAUCUGUCCUUUGUAUUUUGUGUCCAAAGAACAACUUAAAAUGUAUUCAAGGAAUUGGGUGGUAAUGAGGUUACUUGAGGAUUCCACAUUACUUUCCGCCACUCCCGUGUCCCCAUCCCGCCCCUCCAAAAAAUGAAAAAAAGAUCAAGUUUACACUAUCCUUUAUAUCUUGCAUCUAGCUCACAAGUUCAAGCCUAUUCAAGAUGUUGAUUUUAAACAUUUAAUGACACACAUUAACCCCGCCCACCCCCGCCCACUAAACAAAUCAAUUUCAAAUUCUUGUUUCUAAGUAUUCCAUCACCACUGCUAAAACCUAACCCAAAACCUCCAUUCACUGCCGCUUUACACCCCAUCCCCAACACACAACCAAGAUAAAUUAUCUUAUAAUUUUACUUUUUCUUCCUCUUGAUUUAAAACUGCGGGCGUAUUUUGCCAUGUUUUUGUUUAUUAUUAUCUCAUUUAUAGAGAAGUGUGUGGCGCAAGUAAUCAGAAAUAUCUAGAAAUAAAUGGUGCAUAUCAUACAUUCAAUAAUACAUACUGUUCUGUCAGUCAUCGUUUAGUUAUUUCCGUCAUUAUCUUUGUUUGUUUAAUUUGUUGGGCUUAACAUCGCACCAACACAAUUUAGGUCAUAUGGCGACUUUCCACCUUUGAUCGUGGAGAAAGACCCCAGGUGCCCCUCCGUGCAUUAUUUCAUCACGAACGGGCACCUGGAUAGAACCACAGGCCUUCCGUAAGCCAGCUGGAUGGAUUCUGUCAUUAUGGUAUUAAUGACAUAUGCUGUAACUAAUACGAGUAUUACAUCUGAGUAACGGGGACACACCUUUGCGAUGGCAAACUUAUAAGAUUAGCUUUCAGUAUGUUGUGUAUAUCGUCGCAGUUUAAGUCAUAUGGAGAUUUUUUUUCAAGUUUUUAUUGUUAAGAAAGACCACGGUGCUUCUCCAUGCAUUGCUACAGGCAUGGGCGGGCUUCUGGUUAAAAUACAAGAGACUUAUAAAACCAGUUGGACGAAUUCCUUACAUGAAGAAUUCUACACGCUAGGCGAUGUUUCAACCCCUCUUCUGUAAGGGGCAAGUCAUAUGAAAUCUGCGAUUUUCUGAGCAGUCAGGACAAGUUACGUUACUUUCGAGUGCGCGUUUGUUAACUGUACGCAAUUUCUAAUAUAUUACUAUAUUUGUAAUUAUUGACAUGCAACUUUAUUUAUCUCCUAAAAAGGUUAUUAGGUAAUUCUGAAUGAUUCCUUCCUACGCAAAGUUUGUUUUCCACCUGACAUGCAGUUUACGCUUAUUUCCUACAAAACGCAUGACAAUUUAAGAUUUAGAAAUGACUUCAAUUCAUUUUGGUUGCUAGGCAACAUUUUUAAUUAAUUUCAUCAAAGCUUUAUUAUUUCAAAUGAUUUCCUUGGUAUCACUCUCAAGGUGUACCUCAAAUUCAUUAACAUUCAUUGAAUUGUGAUGAAACUGUCAAGUGUUACAAAGAGUAGACAUUUUAAUUAAUCAAGCUGAAAACGACGCUCACUAUUAUUUUUAGCCAUAUGUAAAUUUAGCAGUGAUAAUGUCCCCAGAAAAUAAGUCCCAGUUAUAACAAAUAUGAUAGACUCAACGAAAAGGAUCAAAACUAUGGUCCUUAUUUACCCAUGAGAGUUUUAAUUCAUAAUAACAAGUGCUAUAGAACAUAAAUCAGAAAUGUAAUUAAAUAUUUCAAGUGUUCAAUAAUUUUAUUUUCUCCUUAAGUGAAACAAGUAUUCAAAUUAAUACUAAAGCUUGACAUUUCGCAGAUGUACUUACCAGUCAAAGUGAUUAACCGUUUUUCGGAGGAUAAAUAAGAACAAGAGGUAAAUAUUUCAAAAAGUUCCCUUUGAUUUGAUAAAGAUCACAAUAAUUGAGAAAACCCCAAAUUAGCAAGUUUUAGCGUGAUGGAAUAAAUAUUAAAGACAAACACAUAACAUAUUGAGGUACAAUAUAUUGUAGGUUGCAACAAGAAAAUACCAACCGUCUUGGUGCCAUUGAAAAGAGAAGUGAUAAAAAGUAGUAUGAAUAUGUAGAUGUUUGCAACAAAUGAAUGCAAAUUACUUAAUGCGUCUUUGUGCAAGGCUGUGUAUAUAAAUGUAAAUGUGCAUUUCAAGUUAUAUAAGUAGCAUUAUGGAAAUCUUCAGUAUUUCUGUAGUGCAUAUUAUUUGAAAGGGAGCCAACUCCGUCGUCCUUGCCUACCAAUUAACGAUUAUCCAACCUUCCCCCGUCACUUUGGACAUUUCUUGAAAACAGGUACAUUUUCGUCCUUAAAUUUUGUACAUCUUUCAUCAAAAUUCAUAGGAAAGGAAAAGUUUAUUUGUAAAAAUCAUAUUGCAUUGUUAAACAUGAAUAUCUAUGUCACAUUUUCAUCGUACUUUAAUUACGGAUUAGUUGAAGAUUUUUCAGUAAUUUGAUGGAUUUUCUUGCAUUUAUCCAUCGUCUGUGUAACGCUAAAAAAAUGGCCGAAUUUAAUUUCAAGUUUAUCUACAAUUCUUUAAUUUUUACUGAGAUCUUGUUUAAAUAUUGUUUAUUGAUGCGAAUCCUAUUUUAAUUCUUUAUUUUGCCAUUAUUAAAUGCAUUUAUUUGCGGUAAAGAGCCUGGAGUCGAUAUGACCCAAUUUAUAUGUGUUUCAUGGAAGUCGUGUUAUGUAUACAGCUUAGAUCUGAUCUACACAGAUGAUCGCAUAUAAUGACGUUUAACUGAAGCUCGGCAUACUUUUGUAGAUGAGUCCAACUAAUUUUUUUUGUGAUCCAGGAAAUAUUGAGAUAAUUAUUAUUUUGACUAUAUGGAUGCUAAAUAUAUAGAUCUAUAUAUCCAUAAUAUUAUACCCUGUUUGGUGGGCUUUAGAAUAUUUGUGUUUGCCUAAUGGCUUUUGUCAUAUUUGUAAUGUGGGCUUUGUCUGGCCAUUGUACCAAAUUGGUGCCAGUCAAAAAAUUUUGACUGCGUUUAUAUGUUUGUAUAUAUACUUCUGAUUUUCAUUCCGGGGAUACAAACAUAUAAUAUAUUAAUUGUUUCCGAUUAUCCGGAAUGAUCACAAUAUUGUUGACUUGCCAUUAUGCCUUGCUGGCGUGCAGUCAAAUGUUUAUAUACAGGCUUUGUCUGGCCAUGAUCACAAUAAUGUUGACUUGCCAUUAUGCUUUGCUGGCGUGCAGUCAAAUGUUAUACAGGCUUUGUGUGCCGGCAAUUAUAUGUAUAUAUUAUAUGAUAUUACAAAAGUUACAUAUAUAUUAUUUAUUACAUUUUUCGGAUUAAUUCUUGCAAUAUUGAUAUGUCAUUAUUCCAUUUUUUUAGUGUAAUGUUGGCUUUCUAAUUACGAUAUUCAUUAAAUUUCCCAAUUUCUACGGACUAGUAGACUUUACAACACGUACCCUUGUUUUUACCGCAUUUAUUAAUUUGCAGAUUAUAUUAAUUUGUAUAAUUUCAAUUUUAAUUUUCAAUUUUCAAGAAUGUUCCCUAUAGUGAUUUAUAUUUAUUUCCAGUAUGUACGAUAGGUAUAUAAUAGUUGAACUAUAUUUGCCACUUAACCUCUCCCCCACCCCUUCCCCCAACCUCCUCAAAGAAAUUAGUAUAUUAGAAUUUUAAUUUUCCUUUCAUGUUGAUUGACAUCAUGCCCCGAGCGAGACGUGGUCGUGGGAGAGCACUCCGAAAUCAAGUUCAGUAUAUGCGCCAGAGGCCAGAUGCCCAGGUGGAGCACCAGAUACCACCCGUACCUUUGCCAGUUCCACAGAUACAGCCACCACCACCACUUCCACAGCAACCACCACAAAUUCCACCACUUCCACAGCAACCACCACAAAUUCCUCCAGACCUGAAUCUACCUCUACAACAUCUCCCACAUCACAACAUGUUACCUCAUCUGCAAGACGGACCUCAACCACCUCAUCUGAAUCUACAUGACCUCCCCCAACAGCCGGAACCAGAUGACAUGCAGCCUGCACUUCAAGCCAUUCCACAACAGAUGCCGCCAUUGCCUCAGCCUGCUCUGGAUACACUGAACUGCUCCACAAAUUUGCCAAUGGAAAUCUAUAUCAUGUGGAAUUCUUUGAAGCUAGAGCAACCAGUCUUAUGUAAGCUGUUUAGAUAUUCAACAUACGUGAUGAAUUGCUCUUCGGCUCUUAUUCUAGUUGGUAUCGCUGCUGACAGGUUCAAACGUAUAUGCAGACCUUAUCAGCGGGACUUCAGCGAAACCCAGUCAAUAUGUAUCUCUGUUGCUGCCAUCGUGUGGUCAGUGGCUACUACAUGGCCAUCGUUGAUUCUUUACGGAUCGAGAACAGUUAACCUAGGGAAUAUUUCAGGAUCAGCGUGUCUCCUUGAGAACAGGUAUGACACUUCGCCAUACCCUCUAGUAUACUUCAGUUUCAUGAUUACAACUACUAUGAUAACAUUUGUGGUAUUGAUUAUUUUGUAUUUCCUCAUAGGUUUACAAAUAUAUAAACAUAGGAACUUCAAACUUAAAAACUGCACACAUGUGAAACAAAUAUUGGAUGACAAAUCAACCACUGUAAAAUCAGAAAAAUCAAAUGGCGAGCAUACGAAACCUUCAGACAAUGAUGACGUAACUAAUCGAAAGGAAGAACACAGUAUAAAUCAUGGUAAUGUUCUGAAAGUUGUUGAAGAGGAAUCCCUAAUUCAACACGAAAACAAUGGGGAUGAAUUAAAACCCAUUCAGUUAGGAUUACUGCCACCCUGUAAGGACGUUGGAACCAGUUGUGGCAUUCUCGAUGUACCGUAUGAACAAGGAGGCGGGCAACAUUGUUCCGAUUUAAACCUGUUCCCUGUUUCAGGAGAGACUAUCGAACAUUCUUUCAAGGAUGUAAAGGCUGAUGAAAAGUCGGUGCCAAAGCAGCACCCCACUCAACGUAAAAUUCAAAAGGUCAAGGAAAAGAAAACGAAAACACGAGUAAGAUACAUAUUUGCGAAAGAUUCGUCCACACUGAGCUGCUCAACAGUUAGAAUUGGCCGAUCGACUCUUAUGUUAUUCCUUAUCACAAUUGCUUAUGUGUUAAGUUUCUUGCCUUUUUAUAUUCUAGUAGUUGUUAGACAAUGUGACAGUGAUUUUGCCCACAGAAUGUCAAAAUCCGGACUGGCAGCUUAUCACUUGUUUUUAAGGUCUUAUUUAUUGUCGAGUGCUGUGAAUCCAUUUAUAUAUUCAUUUUGUAAUGCUCAAUUCAGAGACUAUUGUAAAGAAAUGUUUUUGAGAGUUUUUCCCAGGAGAUAACAAUCUUUCAACAUAAAGUAUAUCAUAUAAGGAGGUAUAAAAACUCUUAAAUUUAAUUUUUCUUGGACCACAAAGUACCCGUUUCCAUGACUAUUACGUUUUGUCUUUACUUGUUUAUACAUGUAUAACCUAAAGCAACUUAUUCUCAUUUUAUUGUUAACAGGAAUUUUCUGAAUUAAAGAAAACAUGUA